AUGAUGAACUCGAAUAGUGCAGAGCUAUUGCAAGCCUUCGAAAUAGCAACUGUUCAGCUCAAGUUUUGUCCUAAUCGUGUUUGGGCUGUCGCAGGUGAGGACCUACCGAAUUUGCUACCGCAUGUAGAGACACAUGAGGAUCAUAUCGAGCGAAACAAACACGAACUCUGCACUUUCGACUUUUGCGAAUAUUCCCGCCGUGACUUCACAUCCGUCCCGCAGCGGUGUGAAUGUAAGACAGAAGAUUGCAGAAAGAUCGGGUAUCAGUUUCCAAGAAGAGUACUUGACGAAGCUGCGAGAAGUGGCAAAUCAACUGUGUGGAAGUUAGCUGGACAAGUCAUGCUUGAAUCUCCACGACCUUUUAUGGCAGUCUCGCACGUCUGGUCAGAUGGAACCGGCGCCGGAUCCUGGCAAGAGGGAGAAGUUAAGGAAUGCCUAUAUGGAUUUUUCCGAGAUAUCGCAGAGGACUUUGGAUGCGAGGGAAUAUGGUGGGACACGAUUUCCAUUCCACGGGAAAAGGCUGCUCGCACGCAAGCUGUAAGCAGAAUGCACAUCAACUACCAGGACGCUCGGAUUACUUUGGUGCAUGACUUGUUUCUGCGAAACUGGGAGUGGGACCCUCAAACUGCCUGCUUCGCUAUUCUUAUGUCGCCUUGGUUUAGUCGUGGCUGGACUGCCCUAGAGUUGGCUCAAUCACCUAAGGUUAAAAUCAUUUUCAAAGGUCCUCAAGGCCCAAUUAUUAAAGAUCUGGAUGAAGAAAUUCUCGCAAAGGAAGAUAGCGACGAGGAAGAUAAGCAUGAAGUACGUCGAAGACGAGCAUCUCAGAUUAUCCGCAACCUACGGAGGCCAAUUACUUCAGUGAACAAGCUCUUGGCGGUGCUAGGCUCACGUUAUACCUCUUGGCCAAAGGAUUUAUCUAUAAUUUCAGCACUCCUAGUGGGUGUUGAACCAGAUGAAUCACAGCAGAACACCUAUAUGCGCAUAGUACGAAAAUUAGCAAAAGUUUCACCAGGUCACCUCUUCCACAAUGCUGCGACAAUGUCUGGGGGUUCUAGUUGGUGCCCUACAAGUCUAUUCUCAAUGCCGUUGGACAAUAAUCCUCGGUCCAGCCUCGGAUUCUCAGAUACUGGUAUUGAAGGGAAGUGGCGCAUUAUUUCUAUGGGAAAGGCACUUGAAAGCAAUUUCAUGUGGACCGGAUCGCAUCCGUUAAUACGGCAUCGAAUCCAAGAUACCCUCAAGAAGUACCCCAAACGGUGCUUACUUUUAGCUGAGUGUGGUAGCGAGCCCACUCAAAGAGCUCUGCUGGUGAGGAUUCUCUCAGAGGGAGGAGAGAAUUUUCAGCCUAUUCGCUGUCAAUAUGUUGGUGCAAUUAACUUACGCAAUAAAAUGAAAUUCGAAGAAGUCAAAGAAGUGGUGAUCGUCCACUCAGAUAGAAUUUUGUCAGAGCAGAAAGAACAAACACCCAUGACUUUCGAAAAGAAGACCAGCGAAGCUCUAAGGCAGGCAAUAUGGAGAAGAGACUAUGCCGUGUUCAUGAAGCUGGUUGGGCAAGUGGACUUGAAUGACCCGGAUGAACUUGGGCGGCGGCCAUUACAUCUUGCUGCAGAAAGAGGACAAGACCAAAUGGUACGGCACUUAGUACAUUUAAGAGCUGAACUGAACUUGCGAUCUCAUAAUGGGCAAACCGCAUUCCACCACGCUGUCUGGGGAGGCUCUGUUCAAGUGGUGGAGUUUCUCAAGGAGAGAGUUGAUGAAAUGGCGACAGACAGGAACGGGGAUACGGCAUUGCACAUAGCCACUCAUAUGGGAUUUUUCUUCGUUGCAAAGGCUCUCGUCAGCGAUCGUACCAUCGAUGCACAAGGCUCUAACAACCUGACACCACUUCAUAUCGCAUCGAUAAAUGGCCACUUAGAACUGGCUAACAUGUUCAAAGAUGCCAACAUCGCAAGCAAAGAUAGCAAAUUUGGCUGGACGCCGCUACACUGCGCGGCAGAUAGUGGAAAUCAACAUUUGGUGAGACUUUUGCUUGACCGAGGGGCGCAGGUUGACGUGCAAGAUAAAUACGUUGGUUGGACACCAUUACAUUUCGCGGCAAUAAACGGACAUGUAAAGGUGGCGGAUACGCUACUUUGCUUUGCAGCCAGCAUCAAUGCCGAAGAUAAAUACGGAUGGACACCUCUAGAGUUUGCUGAGGCAAAUGAACAUGUGGAGGUAAUUAAGCUGCUGAAGCGUAAUGCCGCCAAUUUUCCCGCCCUCACUGCCGAAGUUCUUCCAUAUGGACACAAUUGGACACUUCCACACUGCAUGGCGAUCAAUAAUGAACGAGGCCUGAUCAAGAAAUUGUUCAACAUCGACAUCAAGCACUCUUUUGAUAGGAGUGCUCCCGACGCGCCAAUACAGCUUGCAGCUGCGAGUAAGCUAGAGACCACGAUCCGGAAAAUGCUCCACAACGGCACCGGUUCUAUUGAAGUUCUGGCAUAUGAAGGUGACACGCCACUGCACUGGUCGGCACGGCACGGAUAUGAGAGGUUGACGCGUGUGCUGCUCAACGUAGGCCCAGAUAACAGGGAGGCCAAAAACCAUGCCACUCGAACGCCUCUGCAUUGCGCUACCGAAGAAGGGCAAGAGGCUACAAUACGUCUCCUGCUAGAUGCCGGUGUCAACAAGGAGGCCAAAAUUGAGGGUGGUGAACGAUCAAUGCAUCUUGCUGCCAAGAAAGGACACGAGGCUAUUGUGCGUCUGCUGGUAGAUGCUGGUGCUGACAAGCAGGCCAAAACUGGUUCGGAUGAAACGCCAUUGCAUUUUGCUGCCAAGAAUGGACACAAGACUAUCGUGCGUCUGCUGGUCAAUGCUGGUGCUGAUAAGGAAGCAAAAAGUGUUUCUGGAGGAACGCCAUUGCACUAUGCUGCCGAGAAAGGGCACGAGACUAUUGUACGUAUGCUACUAGAGGCUGGCGCUGAUAAGGAGGCUGCGACCCGUACUGGUUACACGCCAUUGCAUUUUGCUGUCAAGAAUGGACACAAGGCUAUUGUGCGUCUGCUGGUAGAUGCUGGGGCUGACAAGGAGGCCAAACUUGAGGGUGGUGAACGACCAUUGCAUCUUGCUGCCGAGAAAGGACAUGAGGCUAUUUUCCGUACACUCCUCGAGGCUGGCGCCGACAAGGAGGCCAAAGUCAAACAAAACGAUAGGCCAUUUCAUCUUGCUGCCAAGGGAGGACACGAGACUAUCGUACGUAUCCUACUAGAGGCUGGCGCUGAUAAGGAGGCUGCGACCCGUACUGGUUACACGCCAUUGUAUAUCGCUGCUUAUUUUGGACAUGAGACUAUCGUCCGUCUAUUACUGAGGGCGAACGUCGAAACGGAACCAUGGAACAAUUAUAAUGGUCGAACACCGCUACAUGAAGCUGCUCGAAACGGACGUAAGGCUAUCGUGCAUCUGCUACUAGAGGCGGGCACCACAAAGGACCCCAUAGAUGACAAUUUGCAAUCGCCGCUGCAAUAUGUGACUAACCACAAGUAUACAUGGGAUGAUGACGCUGGAAACGGGUGUAAGGCUAUCGCGCGCCUGUUGCUCGGGGAGGUGAAAGACAAUAAUUCUUAA